AUGCACAACCACGCCGGCGUCACCGGGCGGGUGGUCAUGGACUCCGUCGGGUCCCUCGACCUCGCCGACUUCGACCGCACCAUGGCCACCAACGCCCGGUCCGCCGUCGCCGGGAUCAAGCACGCGGCGCGCGUGAUGGUGCCGCGCCGGAGCGGGUGCAUCAUCUGCACGGCGAGCACCGCGGGGGUGCUGGGCGGCAUCAUCGCGCCCACGUACGGCGUCUCCAAGGCCGCCGUCAUCGGCGCCGUGCGCGCCUUUGCCGGGGAGCUGGGGCGCCACGGGGUGCGCGUGAACGCCAUCUCGCCGCACGGCAUCGCCACGCAGUUCGGGCUGCGCGGGCUGGCACAGCUGUUCCCGGAGGCGGGCGAGGAGGAGAUGCGACGGAUGGUGGAGGCGGGCAUGAACGAGAUGGGCGGCGGGACGGUGCUGGAGGUGGAGGACAUCGCCAGGGCCGCCGUGUACCUGGCGUCCGACGAGGCCAAGUACGUCAACGGGCACAACCUCGUCGUCGACGGCGGGUGCACGGUGUGGAAGGGGGCCAACAAGCCGGCACCGGCGCAGUAA